AUGCCUUUUGCCUCGAUCUCGCGACGAACGCGUCUGUCACACACUCUUUUCCAGCCAUUUAUGCGCAGCAUCCAGAAACGAAGCCAUGCUCUCUCGCUGUCAGGACGGGUCGGACUGGCCCUGGGUCUCUUGGCGGCCCUUAUGCUAGGAGUUCUUCUCGCAACGUGGGUUGUGUUGCGAGUCAAGCGCGGGCCGGGCGUCACCCUCCGGACCCUGUUCAACCGCCAACCGAUUCCUGCCCGGAGACCCGAAAGCGACCCAUCUGACCCAGAGGCCGCAAAGUCCUUAGACGACCUUGGCUGUAAAGAGGGCUCCCCACAAAACCACUCCCCUCGUCGCAUAUCCAAUGUCUCUCCCCGCCGACUCUCGCAGCGCAUGUCUCAGCACGAAUACAUGAGCCUUCACGAGAAGACAAGUGACUCCCCAAUCACCAUCCGCACCGCACCGGCAGCAGACCACCAUCAAUCCUCCACCAAGCCGGGGAGCCCAAUGAUCCCGCUGCGCCCGAUAGCACGGUUGGGUCCGGUCCGCACCAUGUCCGAGGCGGACAUCCGGCGCGAGCCCCCGCCGUCGCCUCUUCGGCAUGCCGCUGCCGCCGCUGUUGCCGGGCUGCGCACGAGCACUCGAUCCGCGGGCACGGGCACGGGUACUGCGGCCCAGGCGAUCCACCCGCCGUCGUGGAAUAUGCCCUGGAAGGACGAGGAGUUCUAUGUCCCUGAUAGCCCGGAGGACCAUAUCAUUGUUCUGCCCUCGCCACGUGAUCUGAAGUCGUUCCGGUUGACACUGCAUGCUUGA